AAAACACGAACUACGAUACUGUGUGCAUAGAUAAACUUUGAACAUGUUCUACUUUGAGUAAAACAUUUGUGAUAUAUCUAUGUAAAAUAGUGUUAAGAGAUAUAGGCAUUUCUAAACAGAAUAUUUGUGUAGAUAGCUUAAUUUAAUCUAAAUAUUCAAAUCUAGUUGACAGUAUGACCUAUUUUAUCAGAGUUAUCAGCUGAGAGUUUUGCCCUGUCGUUCAUUUAAGGGCAUGAUUUAAUAUUUUACAGUGUUUCUUCAUUCAUACGAAAUAUAAAAAAUUGAACAAAAAUGGCUGACGGAGAAACGAGAAUAAUGAUUUGCAUGGAUGGAAGCAGAUUCUGUGACUAUGCCUUUGAUUGGUACUUAGAAAACAUCAAGAAACCAAAGGACUAUGUCAUUCUGUUUCACAGUGUAGAAUUCCAUACACUAACUACAAUGCCUAUGGGUGUAGGGGCAGCCGAUUUACUCACAACGAUGAUUCAGGAAGAAAAAGCGCACGCGGAAAGAUACCUGGGACAACUAACGCAGAAAAUGAAAGACGCGGGUCUUCAUGGGAAG